UAUUAUUUUUGUACUGUAUGAGAAUUCCAGUUCAGUCAGACAGUGACUCAAAAGCUGUUGCGUGACUGCGGUUCACCUACAGCUCAGGUGCGCUCCGUUUACAACUGGAAAGUGAAAUGUCGGGUGCGAUUCCCGAGACGCGCGUGGCGCAUAUAAACUGCGGAGAGAAUGGAGGAGAGACGAGAACAGCAGCAGCUCAUCAGUGGAUCAACCUGUGGCAUCAGUCUUCUGGAGAACACACAAUGGACCUUCGUUUGGUGCAGCUCUGCCUCCUUCUGUCAGCGUGUGGUUUCAGCUCAGUGCUGAGCUGCAGGUGGAUCAGACACAAGUUCCAGCACCACCAUGGAGUCUCUCUGGAUCUGAUCAGAAAGAUGGGCGAGAAAAUCCAUAAUGACCACGAGGACACCAAUCCAAUCCCAUACGAACUGAUCAAUAACCACAGAAGAGCGGAGCCUGAGAAACAGAUCCAGUUCGUCAUUCAGGCUCUGAUGGAGAUCACUGUCCUCUUUGACGAUGCGGUCGUCCCCUGGGAUGCUAAAAAACUGGAAGAUUUCUUAAAUGUCUUGCAUGAGGAGAUGGAUGGACUGCACUCAUGUGGGGCUUACAAAAUGAAGAGGAACAAAAAGCUGCAUCUGUAUUUUGAAAGACUGAGACACAUGGCAGAAAUGAACACAGAGGACAGAGAUCACAGCUGGGAGAUCGUCAGAAAACGGGUCAUAAGUUUCAUGAACCAGCUGGAGUUCUUCUCCUUCCACACUUAUGUUUAA